UGAGGCUGGUGUGUUGAAUGAAGAAGAUGACGAAGUUGAAAUCAGAGACUGUAACAUUGAUGCUGGUGAACCUGGCGGGGAUCAUGCAGAGAGCGGAUGAGUCACUGCUCCCUGGUGUGUACAAGGAAGUUGGGGCUGCCCUCCACACUGACCCAACUGGUCUCGGCUCCCUCACCCUCUUCCGAUCCAUUGUGCAGUCCUUCUGCUACCCACUCGCAGCCUACCUCGCCAUCCACCACAACAGAGCCCACGUUAUCGCCCUCGGUGCUUUCCUCUGGGCCGCCGCCACCUUCCUUGUCGGCUUCUCCUCCACUUUCUUUCAGGUGGCAGUGUCAAGAGCUUUUAAUGGAAUUGGACUGGCCAUUGUUACACCCGCCAUUCAGUCCCUUGUUGCUGAUUCAACGGAUGACUCCAACCGUGGUAUAGCUUUUGGAUGGCUACAGCUGACUGGCAACAUAGGUUUAAUCAUGGGAUACGUAUGCUCAGUUCUGAUAGCUUCAACAUCAUUCAUGGGGAUCCCUGGUUGGAGAAUCUCCUUCCAUAUUGUUGGAAUGGUGAGUGUUGUUGUAGGUAUUUUGGUCCGCCUAUUUGCCAAUGAUCCACGAUUUGCAGAGGGCGGUUCUAAAGCUCGAGAUCCGGGUCCAAAUAAACCCACAUUGUCAGCAGUGAAGUUCUUAAUUCAGGAAGCCAAGUCAGUAAUGAAAGUUCCAUCUUUCCAGAUAAUUGUAGCACAGGGUGUGGCAGGAUCAUUCUCAUGGUCAGCUUUGCAAUUUGCACCUAUGUGGUUGGAGCUCAUUGGAUUUUCCCACACACAAACAGCUUUUCUUGUGAGCAUGUUUGUAAUUGCUAGUUCACUUGUUGGGCUCUUUGGAGGAAAGAUGGGGGAUAUCCUUUCUAAGCGUUUCCCCAACUCUGGCAGGAUAGUUCUAUCGCAGAUAAGCACAGGAUUGGCUAUCCCAGCAGCAGCAGUACUGUUUUUGGCUCUACCCGAUGACCCCUCCACUGCUUUCAAGCAUGGUUUUGCCGUGUUCAUGUUGGGGUUGUCCAUGUCAUGGAAUGCUCCAGCUACAAACUAUCCAAUAUUUGCAGAGAUCGUUCCUGAAAAGUCACGUACAAGUGUCUAUGCUCUGGAUCAAUCUUUUGAGUCCAUAUUGGCAUCAUUUGCUCCCCCUGCAGUUGGCUUUCUAGCUCAGCACUUUUAUGGUUAUAAACCAGCUCCCAAGGGAGCCAGCAAGUCUGUUGAAGUUAAAACAGACAGAGAUAAUGCUACAUCAUUAGCCAAGGCACUUUAUAUGGCAAUAGGAAUUCCUAUGGGUCUGUGUUCCCUAAUCUACUCCUUUCUCUAUUGCACCUACCCAAGAGACAGAGAGCGAGCAUCGAUGCUUGCAUUAAUAGAAUCAGAGAUGGAGCAGAUGGAAUCAGAUAAUCCUCCUGCUGGAGUGGAAUUUGCUGAAGUUUGUUUCUCAGAAUCAGAUGAGCUAUAUUUUGAGGAAAAAAAUGUGAUUGAUAUGGUCUACGGUGUUGAGGAUGUUGAUCUUGAUGACACUGAUGAGAAGACUCUGCUUCCCAGCAACUCAAAUUUCUAAAAUUUGGAGGAAUAAUAACCCCAUACAAGCAGAAGCUGGUUGGAUGACCAUAUAGGUGUCUAUCUUUCUAAUUCAAGUAUGACAACUUCCAACCAUUACUGGUCCCAGUUUUCCUGUCUUCAGGUGGGAUUCAGAAGGCUUUGUGAAAAAUUUGGGUGACAGCACAUUGAAUCAUUGAUGGGUUUCACCAUCUCAAUCUACCACGUCAACAGCUUUAACCAGUAUGGAGUUGUGAAGAUGUUAUUCUUUGAUUGAUGGAGAGAACUAAAUGUAUUUCAGCUACUUCCUUGAUCAUGCUCUGGUUUUUAACUUAUGAUCAAUGCAUGAAGUCCGAAGUAGCCAGAUUUUAUGAAGUUAAUGUAG